GGAAGCCGAGGUAUCGUUGCAAAAAGCACGAAAAAGAAAAGGAGGCUUUCUGAUUGACUGUUACCAAGGAGACCGCUGAUACUACGGAGAACUUCGAUAAGGCUCGGUGCUCUAGGAAGACAGACACAGAUCAGGAUGUCGUUUUUGUUUGACUGGAUCUACAGAGGGGUUAGCAGUGUUUUACAGUUCCUAGGUUUGUACAGAAAGACAGGGAAGCUGGUAUUCCUGGGUCUAGACAACGCUGGUAAAACAACCCUCCUGCACAUGCUGAAAGAUGAUAGACUUGGCCAGCACGUUCCAACACUGCAUCCAACCUCAGAGGAGCUGACAAUUGGUGGUAUGACUUUUACCACAUUUGAUUUGGGAGGACAUGUACAAGCUCGCAGAGUUUGGAAGAACUACCUGCCAGCGGUGAAUGGCAUUGUGUUUCUUGUCGACGCUGCUGAUCAUGAAAGACUUACAGAAUCAAAGACUGAGCUUGAUGCUCUCCUUUCAGAUGAAACCAUAGCCGGUGUACCAGUCUUGGUGUUGGGUAAUAAAAUCGACCGUCCAGAGGCCGUCAGUGAAGGAGCACUGAGAGGAGCUUUUGGUCUAGAUGGUCAGGUCACAGGAAAGGGAAACAUCUCUGUGAAAGAGCACAGCGUUCGCCCGCUGGAAAUAUUCAUGUGCAGCGUUUUGAAGAAACAAGGCUACGGCGAAGGUUUUAGAUGGUUAUCGCAAUACAUCGACUGACACAAAGGGAGAAUCAGGGGAUUUAACUGACAGGUUAACCUGAAACAUGAUGGAGACUAUCAACUAGCGACAAUUAUAAUCAUGAAAAACAUUUCCUUUCAGCAGUUAAAUUCCUCUAUGCAAACGAAGAACUGGUUUAUUAAUGUGUGAAAGUUGCACGGCAUGUUAAGUACCUAAUUACAAUACAUGAACAGCCAGAUAAUCUGCCGGAUUGUAGAUGUGUGUUCCACUGUCCUGAAUUAUUUAUUGUUUAACACAUUAGCUGUUUGAUUUAAAUGUUAUUAGUGUGUAAGUGUGUGAUGAGUGGCUUAAAGCUUGUCUGAUUUAUAACAGAUAUGGCUGGGAUGUAGAUUAGAUUCCAAGAACAGUUCCACAAACAAAUAAAAAAUAGAGAGGAUUAAUUUUCAUCUGAUUUAAUAUGAGAUAGAUUGGAGUUCAGCAAAAUAUCUUCUGUACUGAGCACUAAACCACAAAAAAACACCAAAUCCACUCAACGAACUAAAAAGGAAGGCAAGCAAACAAAAGCACUUGAAAUGGGUUCAAAUUUAACAUCAGACCAAUGAGAGUCUUUUUAUUUAUUUAUCUAUCUUUUGUUUCAUUUAGUUACGUUUUAUUUAUCCAAGAAGUCCCUUCAGCUCAGUACGUCCUUUUUGAGGGAGACCCAACAAAGAAGAUUCACUGUUAUAAGUUGUAACCUAAAAGUGUAUUACUAACUGCAGAACACAUAUAUAAAAUAAAAAAAACCAUAGACAGCAUAAUAUAUGUACAAGGUCUAAUUUAAGAAUAGCAGUUGGACUCGUGUUACAGAACUCUUUAAAAGAGUUUCUCACAGAGUUUAGCCAGAAUAGCUCCCUUAGUAAAAAUAUAUCAGUGAUAUUCUCUCCUUAUCCUUAACAAGGAUCAAGAAACCAGAUUAUGAAGUGUACAAUGAAUCUGCUACAAAAUAUAAAUUGCAAUGAUAACCUUUGGGAAUCUGAACAGCCAAAGUUCAGAGGAAGCACCUCAGCCUUUAUUAGAAAUGUUGGCUGACAUUUUUAAUAAAAGCAGAGGUGCUAUAAUUAAAAUAUUUGCUAAUUAAAACUAUGUUUAACCUCCUCAGCUUCUAUGCUACAUGCUCAUUAUGCAGCUUGAAAGAAAAGCAGUUUUCCACUCAACUACUGUGAGUACAUCACUUUCUCAGUAUGUUUUUUGUUUUUGAUUACAGUAAUCAAAUUUUGUAAAAUUUUCAGAUUGAGGGGAGCUAAACUGAACUGUUAGUUGAGCUGGAAGGCGUUAUUACUGACUUUAACUUUGAAAUGUUCAUUUUGUAAUUCAAAGACAAAAGCUUUCUGCAACUGCCUUUAUUUUAUUGCGUCUCCACGGCAAUAAUGAUGACUUCCUGUUAAAAUGUGAAAAAGCUGUAAAUUAAAAUAAAUUCUCAAUAUGCGGCCUUAAAGAAAGGCUAUCAUCCAUACAAAUAUUUGUAGGAUUAAGUACCAACAUUAUCUUAUAUUUGAGAGUGAUUUUUGGAAAGCAAUUAAGUUUUCUUUUUGUAAGAUUUGUCAUCUGCUUGCUUCAGAGUAGAUCCAACUGGUAUCAUCUUCAUAAAGGUGCACUUUAGCUGUAGGCAUAUUAUUUUUAAUGUUAUUAAUAAAUAUGGAAAAUGAAACAAGGCCUAAAAUGAAGCCUUGGGGGGGCCCUUUUAACAGCUUCAGUAAACUGGACCUAUUUGUUCUACCUGAAAGGUAACCUUUAACCCCCACCACUCAAACCAGUAUCAGUAUUACUGGUAAUGAGGACUGUAUCAUUACUGUGUGGCUCGCUAUCAACAUAUUAAAGAAAUUAUUUAUUAUUAUUUUCACUAAGAAUGGAUGAAUGAUGGCAGGAAUAAUGUCUUCCCCUGUAAAUGUAAGAAAGUUAUAAAGUAGAAUAGCAAGCAGUGUUGUAGCAGACCUUACUCUGAAUGUGAAAGUCAAAGACCAUAAUAUGUUCUUAGUCUGUUCGUCUUUUCAGUUUGUUAUUAUUAAACGCAGCAUUAAACUUAACCUCCCAUUCGUCCACUUCCUGUUAAUUAUGGUCUUUUUGUAAUUAAGCUUUAAGUUUAAUUUAAAGUGGCAAAAAUUUAAAUAAGUGCUGAAAAUGAAUGGCUAGUCAUAUUUUGAUGCCUAAUUAGCAUUUAGUUUUAAGUGCUUCUAAUGUACUUUUUGAUUAUCUGAAAAGAUAUGAAAGUGCACUUCAGCAAAUGAAUUUAGGUGUCUGUUGUGGUCUGUUUCCAAAAAUAUCUUUUCCAUGGUUUAGAAACCUGUUUUAAUGUCUUUCUUUAAACCCUUAAAGGAAGAAUAUUAUGUGAUAUUUGAAUCUGGCAGAUUUCUGAAUCUUUUAUUAAGAAGUAACCUUAAGAACAUCUGAUGUAAUAAUACUGCAAAUAAGAAAUGAGUUAUAUAUAAAUAUUUUAUACAGGGUAUAAGUGCUAAAAUGUAUUUUUGUUUCUUUGGACAAUUUACCCUACCAGUUGCUGAACGUCUGUAAAUUAUGUAUAAUACAGAUGUAAAUCAUUGUAAAAUAGCCACCUUUGAGUUGGCACUAAAAGGAUGGAAGUUAUUUGUAUCUCUCUAGUAUUACAAUGAAUUUUUUUCACAAAGUACAUGUUAAAUAAGUUUAAACAGAAAUGGAAUUUGGCAAGAUAAGAGAUAAAUCUAUUUCAUGUUAGUGAUUGAUAUACAAUAAAAUCAGACUUUUAUAUUCA